AUGAGGAUCUAUAAAGAUAUUAUUACUGGCGAUGAGAUGUUCUCAGACACAUACAAAGUCAAGCUGGUUGACGAAGUAAUCUACGAAGUCACCGGUAGAUUAGUGUCAAGAAAGCAAGAUGAAAUUAAACUUGACGGUUUCAAUCCAUCUGCUGAAGAGGCUGAUGAAGGAACAGAUUCCGCAGUGGAAAGUGGUGUGGACAUAGUGCUCAACCACAGGCUAGUGGAAACAUACGCCUUUGGUGACAAGAAAUCGUACACAUUAUACCUAAAAGACUACAUGAAAAAAUUAGUAGCAAAAUUGGAAGAGAAAGCGCCUGACCAAGUAGAAGUAUUCAAGACCAAUAUGAACAAAGUUAUGAAAGACAUUCUAGGAAGGUUUAAGGAACUUCAGUUCUUCACUGGUGAAUCUAUGGACUGUGAUGGUAUGGUUGCCAUGAUGGAAUACAGAGAUGUAGGAGGUACCCAAAUCCCUAUCAUGAUGUUCUUCAAACACGGUCUCGAAGAGGAAAAGUUCUAA